GAUUUUAACACGAAUUGUAGUUUCGCGGCAGGCAUGAACGGUGCGUGCAGCUGAAACUACGAUCCGCUUCUUCUUGUUUUACCACGGUGCACGUUGUAACUAUUGUUGUAACGCGCAACCAUAAUUUCCUUUCUUUCUUUUUUUUAUUUUCCUCACCUUCUCUUCCUCACCCUUAACUCUCUUUGUUGUAAGAAGAGAAGAAGCGCGCAGUAGUCAUUUUUUCCUUUUUUUAAGAUUUUUGUUGUUGUGUUUGUGCGAAUUCUCCUCAGUGGCAACCGAUAGACUGAUCGAUAGACUUAAGGAGGGAAAACAAAAAGGGAUAUUUAAUGCAUUCUUCAGUGAAGUUCAAAGGCGAGGACGAAAAGUCUGAGGAAUCUGGUCCUGCAGAUUUCGAACGAGCAAUAAUUAAUUCUGGUUAUGGAAGGUUCAAUUACUUGUUACUAUUGGCCGUGUUGCCGGCCAGCUUCUCCAGCAUCUUCUCCUCGUCGGCUAUAUCGUACGUGUUGCCGUCGGCUGAAUGCGACCUGGGCCUCACCAUGUUCGACAAGGGCCUACUCAACUCGAUGACGUUCGCAGGUAUGAUAUGCACCUCGUUCUUCUGGGGAUUCAUGACUGACACGUUUGGUCGUAAGAAGAUAAUGUUUUACGGUUACAUGUUCACCGGAAUCAUGAGUCUGGUGACAUGUUUCUCGCAUACCGCAUGGCUUUUAAUUCUGUUCAAGUUUUUCGACGGAGUAAUCAUUUCCGGCCCAUACGCAGCGUUGAUGUCCUAUUUGGCGGAAGUGCACAACGAUGCUCAACGAUCUCGAACUUAUAUGUGGCUAGGAGUGUUUUUCUCGCUUGGAAAUAUUUCUCUUCCGUGUAUCGCGUGGUUGAUCAUACCGCAGAAAUGGAUUAUUAAUCUGGGAAACGGGGACAUAGAGAUCAAUUCGUGGCGCGUGUUUUUAGCGAUUUGCUCGUUGCCAGAAUUUCUUGCCUGCAUGGCUAUCUUCGCAUUCCCCGAAAGCCCUCGUUUUCUUUUGUUGAAAGGCAAGACGGACGAGGCUCUCGAGGUUUUUAAAAAGAUAUAUUCCGUGAACACCGGCAAGGAUCCAAACACGUAUCCUAUAAAAGAUCUUGAGGAAGAGUAUUCGGUCGAAUGUUCGAGUGACAACAUACGGGACAAGCUGCGAUCCUGCUGGCAACAGAUCAAACCUCUCUUCCUGCCACCGAACAUCUUCAAACUUAUCGUGAUAAGUUUGAUUCAAUUGGGUGCCACGAUAGGGUCAAACUCGAUUAGAUUGUGGAUGCCGCAAUUGUUUACUAUGAUGGAACAUUUCAAAAGUGAUUACACGAAACAGGAAUAUUCGAGCUCCCAGCCACGUUUCUGUUACAUGUUAGGCCAACGGCAAACGAAUUACAGCUCCCCGUUAAGUUUCGUGAACGAAACUUUAAACGUUGCUCACACAUGCAUACCGGCGGAAUUAAAUUCGAAAGUGUUCAUUAAUUCUAUCGCGAUUGCGACUACCGGUGUUGUAGGAUACACUUUGGCAGGAUCACUGAUUACUGUAAUAGGGAAGAAGAAGCUUAUAGCAAGUUGUUUCAUGGUGGCAGCCAGUUGCUGCACGUCACUCUAUUGGGCUGAAAACAGCAAUAGUAUACUCGGCUUGUGCUCGGUAUUCGUAGCUAUGUCGAGUAUAGGCGGCGCUUGCGUCGUAAACAUUGUUGCUGAUAAUUUUCCUACGUGUUUAAGAACCAUGGCAAUUAGCUUCUCCAUGAUGAUAGGCAGAAUAGGAGCUGUUACAGGCAAUUUAUUGUUCCCGGUGUUGUUCAACUUAACUUGUCUGGGUCCUUUCUUUAUGAUUGCCUCCGUUUCCCUAGUAUCGGCAUUGUUGGUAAUUAUUCUUCCCAAGAAGCAUACGAAGAAGAAUAAAUCAAAGCAGAUUGCUUGAUGAUUAUUACGAAUGGAUAAAAUAUAAUCAGCUAAUAAUAGCUGAAAACACGGUUUGUAAAUAUAUAUAUCUUGUCCUUGAUUGAAUGUAUAAUUUCAAUGCAUGAUUUUUCAUCAUGUAAAUAUGUAAAUACAUUACGAUUACAUUCAUGUAGCAUAAGAUAUCUUCAUUAUAUUAUAAGUGUAAUUCGAAUAAUUUUGCAAAUCGAAUGCAUGAUCUAAGUGAGAUUUUUAAAAUAAGUCUCGUGGUUGUAUGGCACGAAAUAAUUUUUAAAUAAUUCUCGUCAUUUUUAAGUCGAUUUGUCAGUCUGUGAAUUAGAUCAUAAUUCUUAUUGCAAUGUUUUUCUAAAACAAUUUAAUAAAAAGAAACAUUAUCGUUAUAUAAUAAAAAUAUAUUUUCUUAUUGUUUUA